CCGUUCCCAACCAUACGAUGGCGGAUGGCCAAGACUUCUUUUUUAUGAGUAUCAUUUUACCAUACUAGGAUCUACUUGGAAGUUGUAAAACCUAAUCUCCCUUGUUUCCCUAAUUAUCUUAAUUCUUAACCAAGUUCCCAAUCCUGCUCAUUGAACUCACCGAAGUCUAAAAUCGAAAACCUUUUUCCAUCGUUGCUAGAAAUUGGUACUGGAUCAAAAUUCUGCAAAAAUUGAAUUUCCGUGGUAAUUUGUAAAGUCAUUAUUUCAUCUGAGUUGUGUUGAAGCCUUGAAGAAGAUGAUUUACACAGCAUUAGACACAUUUUACUUGAGUGAUGAGCAGCUUCAAAACUCACCUUCAAGGAAAGAUAAACUCGACGAGGAAACCGAAACUACUCUCAGAAUAUAUGGCUGUGAUCUCAUCCAAGAAAGCGGCAUUCUUCUUAAAUUACCACAAGCUGUAAUGGCGACUGGCCAGGUUUUAUUGCAUCGAUUUUACUGCAAGAAAUCAUUUGUUCGCUUUAAUGUGAAGAGAGUGGCAGCGAGUUGUGUUUGGCUGGCAUCAAAACUCGAGGAGAGUCCGAGGAAGGCCAGACAAGUCCUUAUUGUCUUCCAUCGAAUGGAAUGUCGAAGGGAAAAUUUGCCUAUUGAGCAUUUGGAUCUUUGUUCUAAAAAAUAUUCUGAGUUAAAGAUGGACUUGAUAAGGACAGAAAGACAUCUCCUGAAAGAGAUGGGUUUCAUUUGUCAUGUUGAGCAUCCUCAUAAAUUCAUAUCAAACUACCUAGCUACCCUCGGGACACCUCCGGAGCUUAGACAAGAGGCAUGGAAUCUUGCAAAUGACAGUUUGCGCACUACUCUUUGUGUUCAAUUUAAAAGUGAGGUGGUUGCAUGUGGUGUUGUCUAUGCUGCUGCUAGAAGGUUUGGAGUGCCCCUUCCGGAGAAUCCACCAUGGUGGAAGGUUUUCGAUGCGGACAAAGUUGGGAUAGAUGAAGUCUGUAAGGUUCUGGCUCAUCUUUAUAGUCGUCCCAAAGCUCAGUAUAUACCUGUCUGUAAGGAGGAGGUUUCUUUCACAUCAUCCAACAAGAGUUGGGAUUCACAGACUACAGCAGUUCCUAAUGAAGGUACGCUAAAUACACCAUUGACUAGCGGUGAUGCUAGUGUCACAAGGAUGGGUUCCAGUGUUGCAAAUGUGGACUCUGGUGGAUCCAAAGACACACUUGUAAUACAAGCUGUAGACAAGCUAAAGGAGUCUAAGAAAAGUGAUGAAGAGUCCAAGGAUACGGCGACAGAUGUGGAGAAGGAGGAUUCCAUGGCUAAGUCGAAACCUGAACUCAAAAUAGAAACAAAUGACCGUAGCAGAAAUAGGGACAGGGAAAAGGAUAGGGUUAGGGAUAGGGAACGAGCAAGAGAUAGAGACAGGGAAAAGCACAAGUCCAGGGAUCGUGAGAGGGCAAGGGAUUCUGACAGGGAAAGGGAACGAGAUGAUUCUGAAUGGGAGAUGGGGAAGGAGAGAAGCCAUCGUUCCAGGGAUAAAGGUAAGGAUUCAGGAGGGCAUUCAGACAAAACAAGGCGGCAUUCUUCUCGAGAACUAGACCGCGACUAUCACGAUUAUGCAGUCCGAGAUAAAGAUCGCUACAGACAUCACAUGAAACAAUAGUUUCGAGCUCUCCAAUUUUGUAUUAUCAACCUGUAUAACGGAAAUUUAAUGCUAAAUUUAGGGUUGAUAUUUGUAAAAAAUAGAUAGAAUAUGACCUAUUUAAACCUUUCAUACAUGAGGAUAUGCCUUAUACGAUAAUUUUUUUUUUGUCGACACUUUUAGAAAUACUCUCAUUAUUUGGAUCAAUUUUUCUAAAAGUAUAUAUUAUAGACUUGAAUAUUACUCCCUCCA